AUUUUGAACAACCAUGUACGUUGGACAUUGCUUCUCUGCGAUGAUGGAAUUCAUGUUAUUGCUACUGCUUCUUACUGUCGUACAAUCUGAGGAAAAAAUCGGAAGUUGUAAGGACAUGUUACAGGGUUAUCUGACAGGUCAACUGUCGUCUGCUCUAGGAGCGUACCAAGUAGAGGCAUUAAAGAGGGAGUUCAAAAGUUUUACUGACGUCAUCGAAAAAUCCAUGAGGGCGUUUGAAAGAAAUGUUGAGACAAAGCUGAGAAGCAUCCAAAGCACAUCAAAUGGAAGCGCUAUUUACACAAGGUGGGGUAAAAAGAGCUGUCCUAAAAGUGCAGAACUAGUUCUGUCAGGAUAUGUUGGAGGAUCACAUUAUACCCAUACUGGGGCAGCAGUUGACGCUCUUUGUUUACCGAGGAAUCCAGAGUGGGGAAACUACAGAGAUGGAACAGAUGGAAACAAAGCAUACGUCUAUGGAGCGGAAUACGAAACACAUAGAUUGUUUGGCAAGUGGCAUAGUGUAAAUGAACACGACGUUCAUUGUGCUGUAUGUUUGGUUCGUAGCAGAUCUGUUGUCAAGAUGUUUCCAGGACGAAAAACUUGUGAUAAUGGAUGGAAGUUGGAAUACCACGGCUACCUAAUGGCAGGGUACCAUGGUCAUAAUGCUGGAACAACAUAUAAGUGUGUCGAUAGUGACCCAGAGAGCUUACAAGGAAGUCAAACUAACAACAACGGAUACCUGUUCUAUAUGGUGGAGGCAGUAUGUGGUUCCCUGAAGUGCCCUCCUUAUGUUGACGGAAGAGAAUUUGUUUGCGUUGUUUGUUCCUUAGAAAAUUGUGCCAGCAUGGGGGCUGUUCCCUCCCCCGAGGUGAUGAAAUUCAUUCUGUUAUUGAUAACUUUUGCUGGUGCACAAGCCGAAGGAGAUAAUGGAAAUUGUAAAGAAAUAUUACAGGGUUAUUUGACAGGGCAACUGUCGUCUGCUUUAGGAGCAUAUCAAGUAGAAGCAUUGAGGAGGGAAUUCAAGAGUUUUACUGAGGGAAUGGAGAAAUCCAUGAAAGAGCUUGAACAAAACGUUGAGAAAAAGCUUGACAAUAUCAAAAACACAGCAAAUAGUAGUGUUGUUUACACAAGAUGGGGAAGGAAAAAUUGUCCAACAGGUGCAGAAUUGGUCCUUUCGGGAUAUGUUGGGGGAUCUCGUCAUACACAUUCUGGUGCAGCAGUGGAACCUCUUUGUUUACCAAGAAAACCAGAAUGGGGAAACUACAAGGAUGGUACUGACGGACCAAAAGCUUUCAUCUAUGGAGCUGAAUACGAGACAGGUGAUCUAAGUGGCAAGUGGCUCAAACUUCAUGAUCAUGACGUCCCGUGUGCUGUGUGUUUAGUUCGUCACAGAUCCGUAGUAAAGAUGUUUCCAGCUACAAAAGUGUGCAAAGAAGGUUGGAAGUUAGAGUAUCAUGGUUACCUAAUGGCUGGUUACCAUGGUCACGCAGCUGGGACAUCAUAUACUUGCAUCGAUAACGACCCAGAGAGUUUACAUGGAGGUGGUAACGUCAACAGCAACGGUUACCUGCUCUAUAUGGUGGAGGCAAGAUGUGGUUCAUUGAAGUGUCCACCUUAUGUUGAAGGAAGAGAGAUUGUUUGUACUGUCUGUUCCCUGGAAAAAUAAAAAAAACAGUUAAGCGUUACUAUACCGAUAUAUUUGUCAUUCUUGAGUCAAAAUUAAUACGGAUUUCUGUCUUUAUAAGAACAAUCUUAUGUUUUAAUAUUGACCGACAAAAAGAUUUUCUUUUCGAA